GUCUGCUCCGAUGCAUCUGUACGCGACUACAUUCUGGGCUUCACGGACUGCCUCAACCUCUACAACACCGGUCAACAGGAAUUGAUUAUGCGCUUUGAAUCAACGCAGGACAGCUACCUUGUUACCGGUAAUCAUCUGGUAUUCAGGUUCGAAUGCUACGCUCUACGGGAGGGCCAGGCCUUUUCAUCUGCGACCUGGGUUGAACACUUUCGAAAAGCCCUGAUCCGACUUUCUCUUUACGAGGCUCAGUCUUUCCCCCAACUUAAAGGUGAGAUUCUUACCUGUAAUCUGCGUGUUUUCAAGAGACAG